UGUUCCCCUGUCUGUAACAGAUCAUAGCUUGUAACAUACUGGAAAGGAUGGCGACCGACUGGGGACAUUUGUCUGAAGAAGACUUCCAGCUGAUGAUGAAGUCUUACACUGGGGAUGACCCAGAAGACAUGGAAAGUGUUCAAAGGAUAAUUGCAAAAAGGCAAGCUCAUGAAAGAAAAGAAGACAAUAUCAGGUUACUCGUACGGCAGACAGGGGAGCCAGGUGAACAGCUUUGGAGUGAAUUCCCCUUGGGUGAACGAGUACAGGGAGAACAAGAUGCUGAUCUGACAGGCACAGUUAUUGGCCAUUUACCAGAAAAGAAGAUCUUGGUACAUUGGGACAACAGUCCAACUGGGGAGCUGGAAUCCCGGGAAAUGUCUGGUCUGAGAAGGGGUUACCCGAGGGAUUGCACGAAAUACGCCGGCGAGACACACCUUGUAGGGUCAAGGGUCAGGAAAAUAUGUCGUUCUGAUGGGGCAGAUGGAGGUGCACCCCUGAUUAUUAUGGAUGAUACAGAUGUGGGAACAGUAUUAACGUUGUCAGCACUACAGCCAAGUGUGGUCUACGUUGCUUGGAGAGGUGACCAGAUACCUAUACGCAGGCAUUCCAUUUUUGAUAUCUGCAGGUAAAUACUAAUAAAAGUCUAAUUACUUGUCAGUUCUAUUCACACAUUGACAGCAACAUGCAUGUUUAAUGGUCACAGUAGUGAAUCAUGUAGUCUAAUGCUACAGACUUGGCAGAAAGUCAUGUCACUGCCUCCAGAUUUGGAGGGUAUAGAGUAUAUAACGGAGUACAUAUACUGCUCUAUAGCUAUGAGUGUUUAUGCAAUGGUUUUUAUACGCCCGUCGAAGACGGGGACGUAUUAU